AUACUGAUUGAGCAAUGAAUGCUGCUCGACUUGAGCAAGGCCAAAUGGAAUUGAGGGUGUAUAGUCAAAUGUAUACAUUGUGUAUACUGCUUCAAGGAAGGAGUCAAUGUCUCUUAUGUCAUAAGAAUUCUCGCGCAUAGUUCUCGUGGAGGUAAAUAACAAUAAAUUGAUUGCAAUAUGAACCGCAUUCCAGGUUGGACAGAUCGACGUGAAAGAAAACAUCGAGAGAUGAGGCGACCAGGUGCGGCAUAGGAGUCUUAUGCCGCACCUGAUCGUCCCACGGGCCCACGUGUCAGUGGACUUGCCCUCGUCAUUCCUGCUUCUGCCACUUGCAACGUCCCUGCAACACCGAAAGCAUCAUGGCUUCGUCCGUCGUGGGGUCACCGAUCGCUCCGUUCCUAGACCUGGAGUCUCAGUCACCUACGCCCUCUUAUCAUGAAAUACGACGUGGUUUAGAACUGCUGGGCGACGGCAAAGAGCACGUCGCACUGGAUCCGUCCACGGAGCAGCAGUUGCUCCCGUUCGAGAGUAUGUUCCAGUUCGAGCGCAUCAAGCGUCCGCUAUCUGUCGGCCACUUGCUCCUGUUGCUGUAUACGCCGUUCGGACUAGUUUUGCUGCUUAUCCGGGGCAUCUGCUGCUUCUUAGUGGCCCUUAUCGUGCCUCGGGUCUUCUCGGAAAUGCAAAUGGAUCGAUUCCAUGUCGCUAAACUCUUCGUGUGGCUAACGGGCACGCGAGUGCGUCUCGUGGACGAACAUCUCUUUGAAAAGGGUGAAAAACGAGCUGAUAUCAUUGUUUCCAACCACAUUAGCGAGUUCGAUGCAAUCGCUAUGUUGAGCAUCACGCCGGCCUACAUUUUAGGCUACGAUUUCUACAAAAACAUGCUAUUCUUCAAGUUGCUGGGAGAUAAAGCUGGACUGGUAUAUGUGCCGUACGCUUCAAGACAACAGGGCAAUGGUGCUGGUCGGGAUGCUGUACGACAGAUUGUUGUUGAGCGACUAGCUAGAGGCAACAAGCCGCUUGCUGCUUUUCCAGAGGGUGGUCUUACCAAUGGAAGAAAGGGUUUGCUGCAGUAUCACAAAUUCCUCUUCUCUCUUGACAAGACUGUGCAGCCACUUGCUAUCCAGGCAUCGGACGGGCCUUUUGUAAGAAGCUUUGAUUUAUUUUACACACAUAUUUUAAUUCUUUUGUUGUUCUAUGUAGCCGGUGAAUAUCAACGACGAGACGAGCACGUUCCUGGCCAACGUGUUGUGGUACCUGUUCGUACCGUGGCACACGUACGCAGUACAAUUUCUGCCAUGUACUAAGGCUGAACAAGGUGAAGAUCCGUUGAUCUUUGCACAGCGAGUGAUGAAGAUGACGGCUGAUUCACUGAAGCAAGAAACAUCGCCCUUUAUGUAUCGAGACAAGAUUGCAUUCACUAGGUAUAAGAGCCACCAACUCAAAAGGAACAAGAAAUAGUCCUUGUGGUAGCCCUGGGACUAUUGUCCAUUGAUAUACUAAGGCGAGGGCCACAUCUUUUCGAUGAAGUCUCCAACAUCUUUCCACCUCAGUUGCUUUCCGU